AUGGUUCAACAAGACGUACAGUCGGAGAAGCUCUCAAAGAACACUUUGCCUGAGGACAUUGAGUGGAUUGCCGCGGAUAUCAAGGGGCGAGCAAAGCUGAACGCCAAUCUUGCAAGGCGCAAAUGUCAAGAGCUUCAAAGUGACCAGCCACUGACUGAGGCGAUCAUGAACUUGAUUUCGUGGGCCGUCAGACGAGCUUCAGCCAACGAAGCCAGACAAAAGUAUGUCAUCGCAGACGCGGGAUGGCUUCGCCUCAACUCUAACACCUCCGCGAGACGUCACCCCUCAAGACUUCCUGAAGGAUACUCGAAAGGCAGCGGACAAAUCCUUCUGGUGCCGAUCUAUUUUGACGUCUCGAAUAACGGCCAUUGGUCGCUUUUGAUUGUCCACGAUGGUUCCACUGGGUUCGGAAAGUUAUUAUCCUCGAUUAAACACCUCGAUCCUUUCAGAGAUACGGAUACGGGUUCAGAACGCGGCAAUACAAUCAGAAUCAAUGCCCCCCUGGCUUUGGAAAGUCUAUUGGGCAUAGAAACAUUAAGAUCCGGCCAAUGGAAUGUCCCACAGAGCCCUAAUGCUGCUAGUAGCGGAGUGUAG